AUGGCGCUCACCAACAGCACGUGGUCGUUCACCCCCAUCGUCGAAGCGUUUCCCCAGACGGUGCUGCCCAACGUGGCCUACUGGAAUGUCACGAACGGGUCGGACCUGCAGUACCAAAUCUCGCUCUCGUGGCCGCUGGACUGGCCGGCGUCGCGCGAGGUGGAGAACAAGACAGCACUCACAAUGUACGUCCUAGACGGCAACGCCCUGGGCAUGACAGCAACAGAAGCGUGGCGGCGGCGCGACGCGGUGGAGACGGGCCAGCCGGACUACAUCGUGGUGAGCAUCGGCUACCCGGUGACGGACAGCGUCUACGGGGCGCAGCGCAGCAUCGACUUCCAGCCCGUGACGCCGGGCGAGGAGCCGCCCGCCGUGCCCGGGGUGCGGGAGGGCGCCGACGACUUCAUCGCGUUCAUCGAGGGGGCGCUGCGGCCGUUCGUGCGGGAGCAGGCGUUCCCCCCCACCGGCAGCGGCGUGCAGUUCGGCCGCGAGGCGCUCUACGGGCACUCGUUCGGCGGGCUGUUUGUCGUGUACGCGCUGCUGCGGCGGCCGGACCUGGUCGACACGUUCCUCGCGGCCAGCCCGGCGCUGUACUGGAAUGAGCACUACAUGCUCAACCACACGGGCUGGCUCGACGAGGCGCCUGCGCCGCCGGGGGACGGCCCUGCGUUCAGGCUUGCGUACGGCAGCCUGGAGCAGGAUGCUGUGCGGCGGCGGACGGAGACGCAGGAGGAGUUUGAGGCGAGGGUCGCGCUGCUGCGGAGCUUUGGGCUGUUGCAUAUGGGGGAGGAGUGUGCUGAGCUGAUGGAGAAGUUGGGCUCGAGUGAGAGGCUCAGGGAUGCUGAGCUGAAGGUGUAUGAGGGGAGUGACCACGCGUCUGUGGGCGCUGUGGCGCUGACGGAUGGGCUGGAUUAUUUCAUUGACUGGCAGUUCUGCAGACGCUCCGACUCAAAGCCAACGGUUCGCACCGCACAGCUCAGUUCAGCACGCUCAAAGGUCCCACGCCACGGUCUACGGUCCACGGCCCACCCGUCCAAGCUCGACAACGACCGCCACCUCUGCAUCGACCGCAGCUCCAUCCACAGCAGCACUCGUCCGCUUCACGUCCUCAACCCCAUCCCAACCUUCCUCCCUGCCGUCUACCUGUCACUCUAG